AUCCCUCUUUAGACCCUCAGGCAGGAGCAGCUGUAGUGAGCUCCAGCAGCAAGAACAGCAGUAUUAUUAUUAAAAUCAUUAUUAUUAUUAUUAUUAUUAUUAUUAUAUAGUGCCAGGAUUUUAUUUUACAAUCUGCAGAAAACUAACAGGCUUGUGUGUAAAAACCAUGGGACGGCUGUGUUACACGCCCCUGCUGCUUCUCUUCCUCUCUUUCUUUGAGACAAAUGCACUGACAGCAUGUGGAACGGAGCAGUUCCAGUGUGGAAACUGGAAAUGCCUCCCACUCACCUGGGUGUGUGACGGCACGGACGACUGUGGAGACGGCACAGAUGAGCUUCCUGGUACCUGUUCCGCUAAAACGUGUAAACCGGCAGAAUUCAGCUGCCAGGACCGUCUCAACCAGUGUAUACCCAGCGCAUGGCGCUGUGAUGGAACGGCUGACUGUCAGAAUGGAGCAGAUGAAGACGGCACGUGUGUGCCCAAGCAGUGCACAAGGGACGAGUUCCGCUGCAGGAAUGGCCAGUGCGUGUCCGCGUCCUUUGUGUGUGAUGACGAGGCCGACUGUGACGACCGCAGCGACGAGGACUCCUGUCCGCCCAUCACCUGCAGCGCCUCAGCCUUUCAGUGCAACAACAGUGUUUGUGUGCCGCGCCUGUGGGCCUGCGACGGCGACUCGGACUGCUCUGACGGCUCGGAUGAGUGGCCCCAGAACUGUGGCACAAAGACCCCCGCCGUCACUGCCGCUCAUCAGUGCUCCUCACUGGAGUUCCACUGCGGCAGCGGCGAGUGCAUUCACGGGAACUGGAAGUGUGACGGAGGAGCUGACUGCCUCGAUCGAUCAGAUGAAGAGAACUGUGCUCGUAAGACCUGUCGUCCCGAUGAGUUUGAAUGCGGCGAUGGAACUUGCAUCCACGGUAGCCGCCAGUGCAACCAUCAGUACGACUGCAGGGACAGGAGUGAUGAAGCCGGCUGUGUCAAUGCAACCCACUGUGACGGCCCGACCAGGUUUAAGUGCCGCAGUGGGGAGUGCAUCAGUAUGGACAACGUGUGUGACAACCGUCGCGACUGCAGGGAUUGGUCAGAUGAGCCUCUCCGAGAAUGUGGCUUUAAUGAGUGCCUGUUCAACAACGGCGGCUGCUCUCAUACCUGCAAAGACCUGAAGAUCGGCUACGAGUGCCUGUGUCCUGCUGGAUUCAGGCUGGUUGACCAAAAACGAUGUGAAGAUAUCGAUGAGUGUGCCGAAGCGGACGUCUGCAGCCAAAUCUGCAUCAACCAUGACGGCGGUUACAAAUGCGAAUGCGAGGAAGGUUACCAGGUUGACCCGUCCACCAAAGCCUGCAAGGCCGUCGGUACAGUAGCCUACCUUUUCUUCACUAACCGUCAUGAGGUCAGAAAGAUGACCCUGGACAAGAGUGAGUACACCAGAGUAAUCCCCCGCCUCAAGAACGUUGUCGCUUUAGACGUUAACAUGGCCACCAAAGACAUCUACUGGUCCGACAUCUCUCAGAAGAAAAUCUACAGAGCUCGGUUGGACUCAGCUGAAGACUCAACUCAGCACAGCAUCGUGAUCGGCAGUGACAUUGAUGCUCCUGAAGGCCUUGCCUACGACUGGAUCCAUGGUAAUUUGUAUUGGACCGACAGCAUUCGCGGCACUAUCUCCGUAGUAACGGCCGAUGGUCACCGUCGCAAAACCCUCUUCCACCAAGACCUGCUGAAACCUCGUGCGAUUGUGGUCGACCCCCACAGCAACUUCAUCUACUGGACGGACUGGGGAAGUCCAGCAAAGAUUGAAAGGAGUGGUCUUAACGGAGGAGACCGCACUGCUCUGGUCACCGACAACAUUGAGUGGCCUAAUGGAAUUACAAUUGACCUGUUGAACCAGCGUCUCUACUGGGUGGACUCUAAGCUGCACUCCCUCUCCAGUAUUGACGUGCAGGGCGGCGGUCGACGCACGCUCAUCAUUGACGAAAACAAGCUGGCUCACCCGCUGGGACUCACUGUGUUUGAGGAGAGAGUUUUCUGGACAGACGUCAGCAACAAUGCCAUCCUCAGUGCAAACAUGCUGACGGGUGACGACAUUACACCAGUGGCGGAGAACCUAUCAUCGCCAGAAGACAUUGUUCUCUACCACAACCUCAAACAACCUUCUGGGAGGAACUGGUGUGAGGUGUCCAAUGGUGGCUGUGAAUUCAUGUGUCUGGCCGCUCCUCAAGUGGGCACACAUCCUCCCAAAUACACCUGCGUCUGUCCAGAUAACAUGAUGCUAGCCGGUGAUAUGAGGACAUGUGUACCUGCUGUGCCAACAUCUGCAGCUCCCGUGCCACCUCAAAAUCCCACUGACGCCCCUCGUCUUCCACCAGUGCCACCCAGGACCACACCCAGGACCGUUCCCAAACCCCAGAUCCAUACGACUAUUACAGUUCCUACUGUAAACACCAAGCCAGCACUACGCACCAUCAAGCCUCUGCUCAGGAUCACCACACCAAAACCAAGCACCCCUUCACCGCAGCCGGUGAUACCAAAGAUUUCCCAGACCACCACAGAUGCUCCAACUACCUCUCCAGGUGUCCGACCUGGAUUUGUUGCAGCCAUACCCAACACUGCCUCCACCACCCCGAUAGCCCUGUACAUUGUCUUGCCUCUGGCGAUCAUUUGUCUCGUGGUUGUUGGUGGCCUGCUGCUGUGGAGGAAUUACCGGCUGAAGAAUACCAACACAAUUCACUUUGACAACCCGGUCUACCAGAAAACUACUGAGGACCAAGUGCACAUUUGGAGGAGCCACAGUCUCGAUGGUUACUCUUACCCAAAAAGACAAGUCGUGAACCUAAACGAAGAAGCAGACAAUCCGGCCUUCACAGAGAACUGAGAAAUACCAUCGCGGUGGAGAGAAGAGUGUCAAUGAUAAGCUACCUUGGACGUCCUUUCCUGUUCUUUUACCUCACUCAGCAGCACAAUGUUAUGGAAGUCAAAGCCAGUAUGAGACAAACUUGAACCACUAUAUCCUCACAGACAAACAAGUGCUCUACAAUAGACAAGCCAGGGUGAAACGCUUCGUUUUUAUCCAAACAAAUCCCGUAGCUUCUUUUAGCCUCUCAUCCUGAUCCUGGUGAUUUAACUGGAGAAUUACAGUACAUCACUGUUCUGAUGCUCAUGUUACAAUAAUGUAAAAAAUAAUGUAAAUAUCACUUCUUUUUUUUGUUUUUACCCCUGCGUCAAGCAGUUAUGGUAAAAAAUAUUUCACCAACACCAAAUUUACACUAAGCAAUAGUACACAUUUAGAUGGGGGGAGGGGCUCUUUGCACAGCAGCCAUUUUGACAUGUCUAAGCAGGAAAAGCACAGGUGUUACUGAUCACAUCGACACUGGCUUUGUUCAGUUCAUGGAAGUCAGAGCCGUGUGUCUGUGACCUAGCAUGCAUCCUCAAACUGAGGAAGCCACGUGCCAUUCAGCCAUCGUCAAUGGGAUUAUUACACCUGUGCUUUUCCUACCAGAUAAAAUGGCAAAGGGCAGCUUAUGCUAUAGUUUCUUGGCCAAGACGGAAGCGACUUACCACAGAGACAGAAGAAAUGAGGUGAGAAUCUCAGUUGAAGGGCAACACAGGUGUCCGGUGGUUUAGCGCUGGUGCUUUGCAGCCGAAAGGUUCUCAAGUUCAAAUUCUAGUUCAGUCAAGGCCUUUCUGUGUGGAGUUGGCAUGUUCUCCCAUGGUCUGACUGGAUUGUUGGAACAGUCCAUCAGAGACACGCAGGUUGGGGUUGAGGUAAAUUGCCAUUGUGCCAUUUUGUUUUUUUAGUCAUGUUUUAGCAGUGAAAUCACUGGUGUUACUGAUCACAUUAAUGACGGUUCAGUUCAUGUGAGUCACAACAAGUGAGCCGACAUGCAACCAGAGAUUAAAGAAGCUCAAUGGAAUUGGGUCAAUAAUGAAUCAUUAUUUUGAUUAUUUACACCUGUGAUUUUCCCUAUUCUGAUCCAUUGGAAACUAAAUUGGAUGAACGCGCAGAUGUGGGGAUUAGGCAAAUUUGACACUCUAAAUUGACCAUAGGUGUGAGUGUGAGAGUGGAUGGUUGUUGUUUGUCAGCUGGGAUUGGUACAAGCGCCCCCUCAUGUUGAGGGUAGGAGAUGGAUGAAUGUGAAUGUGUUUGGCCUCUCGUGUAAUGAUUGAGCCAGUGUCACCAUGACGCUAAAAGGAUAAUAACUUUAUUGUUAAUGCCCAGAAAUGUGAGUAGAACAUCCUCUAAUCUAACUUGGCAAAAAGUGCUAAAUAAUAAUAAAAUGUCACACUAUUCCACUUUGUGUAUGCUUGAAAUAGGAAACCAGGGCUGGUUUAAACCUGAUCUUUCAGUAGAGUGAAUGUGAGGACACUACAUGCUGUGCCUUAAAUACUGUACACAAUUCACAUUUCUUUUUUCACAGUGUGUCUUUUAUGUCGUUCAGCAGCUGUGUGAAGUUUCACAGUUUUCUCCGAAACACUUCUGUUUUGUUAUUGGCUAUCCUUACACAGGAGAGGCUUUUUAAAAAAAAAAAAAAAAACAAAAACGUGCCUCCCUUGGUGCCUCUCAGGAGGUCCGGCGCAUUCCUCAGAGUCAGAAAAGCUUCAGUCACGUGUGACCAGUGGGGCCUGGUCUACAGCACUGUACUGUG